AUGAAGAUGAAAUUGAACAUCUACAACAUGCAGUGGCUGCUGCUUGUUCUCUUGAUGUGGGACCCAACCAGGUUGGUGCUGGCAAACAUCCAAGAAGAUGAGGCUAAAAAUAACAUUACCAUCUUUACAAGAAUUCUAGACAGACUUCUGGAUGGUUAUGAUAAUCGGCUUAGACCAGGACUGGGAGACAGUAUUACUGAAGUCUUCACUAACAUCUACGUCACCAGUUUUGGACCUGUCUCAGAUACGGAUAUGGAAUAUACAAUCGAUGUUUUCUUUCGACAAAAAUGGAAAGAUGAACGUUUGAAAUUUAAAGGUCCUAUGAAUAUCCUUCGACUUAACAAUUUAAUGGCCAGCAAAAUCUGGACCCCGGAUACCUUCUUUCAUAAUGGGAAGAAAUCAGUAGCUCAUAACAUGACAAUGCCAAAUAAGCUGCUUCGAAUCCAGGAUGACGGAACACUACUGUACACCAUGAGGCUUACAGUUCAAGCUGAAUGUCCAAUGCACUUGGAGGAUUUUCCAAUGGAUGCUCAUUCAUGUCCUCUGAAAUUUGGCAGCUAUGCAUAUACAACCUCAGAAGUCACUUAUAUUUGGACUUACAAUGCAUCUGAUUCAGUACAGGUUGCUCCUGAUGGCUCCAGGUUAAAUCAAUAUGAUCUUCUUGGCCAGUCAAUUGGAAAGGAGACAAUUAAAUCCAGUACAGGUGAAUAUACUGUAAUGACAGCUCAUUUCCACUUGAAAAGAAAAAUUGGGUAUUUUGUGAUUCAGACAUAUCUACCUUGCAUUAUGACUGUCAUUCUCUCGCAAGUAUCAUUUUGGCUCAACAGAGAAUCGGUGCCUGCAAGAACUGUGUUUGGAGUAACCACUGUCCUAACAAUGACAACUCUAAGCAUCAGUGCUAGGAAUUCUCUGCCCAAAGUGGCUUAUGCAACUGCCAUGGACUGGUUUAUUGCUGUUUGUUAUGCAUUUGUGUUCUCUGCUCUGAUUGAAUUUGCAACUGUUAAUUACUUCACCAAAAGAGGAUGGGCUUGGGAUGGGAAGAGUGUAGUAAAUGACAAGUCCCCUUCAAUAAAAGCUGAAGUCAUUACAUUAACAUACAACUCAGUGAAAGCAAUUCUUCAAGGAGCUAAACUAAUAUGGUCCAAGUACAUAGCUAUCUCAUGGCCCAGUUUAAUCCAAGGAAAGACUUUAGAGUACUUAGAGAAGUGGAUGGACUGUUUAACCUUCAAACAAUCUUCUAAAAAAGAGAAAGCUUCUGUCAUGAUACAGAACAAUGCGUAUGCCGUGGCUGUUGCCAAUUAUGCCCCGAAUCUUUCAAAAGACCCAGUUCUCUCCACUAUCUCCAAGAGUGCAACCACACCAGAACCCAACAAGAAGCCGGAAAACAAGCCAGCGGAAGCCAAGAAAACCUUCAACAGUGUUAGCAAAAUUGACAGAAUGUCUAGAAUAGUUUUCCCAGUUUUGUUUGGUACAUUUAAUUUAGUUUAUUGGGCUACAUAUUUAAACAGGGAACCUGUAUUAGGAGUCAGUCCUUGA